UCUGUGGUCCUAAGAAGGAAGAUCAGUACCAUGGAUGGGAAAUCAGCUCCAGAGCAAGCAAAGGACAAUGCUAAUCCACCAUUUUUGGACAAAAGCCAUGGGCUGCAUACUAUGAAGAGGUUCUCUCUCUCUAUUUCGAAGCUUAAGAUAUUUCUUGGGGCUCUAGCAUUUUCCUACUUUGCCAAAGGAUUCUCGGGAAGCUACAUGAAGAGCAUGAUAACGCAGAUUGAGAGGAGGUUUGAAAUUUCCUCAUCCACAGUUGGCCUCAUUGACGGAAGCUUUGAGAUUGGAAACUUAAUGGUGCUGAUCCUGGUGAGUUACCUUGGCUCGAGAGUUCACCGUCCAAAGGUCAUUGCGAUCGGGUGCCUCAUCAUGGCCACUGGAGCGUUCACUUCAGUGGCACCUCACUUCAUAAUGGGGCCUUAUAAUUACAAAAGCGUUGCAACUUUGGAGAGCAAUUCUUCUACAAGCAUGGCGGCCUGCUUGCCUGCAUCGCCUCCUCCCCCUGCUGAAGAGAACAUGGAAACAUCUGGAAAUGCAACUCUUCUCAGGUGUGAAAAACAUAGAGCUUCCUACCUCUGGCUCUUUGUUCUCUUUGGGAACAUUUUACGUGGAAUUGGCGAAGCACCCAUCAUGCCUCUGGGCCUCUCAUACAUCGAUGAUUUUGCCAGAGAAGAAAACUCCGCUUUGUAUAUAGGAGUUGUGAGAUCAACGGGGUUGUUUGGACCAACUCUUGGAUUUCUUCUUGGAGCCUUGUGUGCUAAUAUGUGGGUUGACAUUGGAACAGUAGAUGUUGAAACAGUGACGAUAAAUUCGAGGGAUAUCCGUUGGGUCGGAGCCUGGUGGCUGGGAUUAUUGAUCUGUGGAGCUGCCAGCGUGGUAGCUGCUUUGCCUUUCUGGUUCCUGCCUCGAUCUUUGCCAAAAGAAGGAGAAGAAAAAAAGUACAAGGAGAAGCCAAGCAAUGUCUAUGCGAUCACCCAAGACAGCCAGGGCAAAAUGGAGGCACCAGUACAGUCGCCUCUGGAAGUUUUGUCCUCCGUAAAAGGUUUUUUCCCCUCUGUGAAGGAACUCCUUAGCAAUGUCAUCUUCCUGGUCUUUCUGCUUCUCAAUAUCCUACAGUUCAAUUCUACAGUUGGCUCAACGACUUAUGAACCCAAGUUUAUGGAGCAGCAAUUUAAUGUAUCUGUUUCAAGAGCUAUCUUUUUUAUUGGUGUGGUCCUUCUGCCCUUUGCAACCGUGGGGAUGUUCUUGGGAAGUUUUGUCAUCAAGAGGUUCAAGAUGGACAUCAAGGGGAUGGCCAAGUUUGCCUGUACCACCUUUGCGAUAUCCUAUGGUUUAAGCCUUUUCUACUUCAUGGCCAACUGCGAAGUCCUCCAGGUGGCUGGUUUGACUGUCAACUACUCCGGCAUCAAACCACCAUCCUUCGCGGAGGAAAAACUCUGGUCUUCCUGCAAUUCUGACUGCAACUGUGAGGCUGGCCACUGGGAUCCUGUGUGUGGAGACAACGGCAUCACCUACAUGAGCUCAUGUCUGGCAGGGUGCAAAGCUUCACUGGGGAGUGGAAAGGACAUGGUAUUUCAUGACUGCAGUUGUGUGGGAGCUGCUGGGCCCAGCAAUUUCUCUGCCAUUUUGGGCCAAUGUCCAAGGAAGAAAUGCUCAAAAAUGUUCCCGUAUUUUAUGGCUCUUUUGGCCAUAAAUGUAUUGUUUUUUUGUCUGGGAGCGACGCCUUUCUACAUGAUUAUGUUCAGGACAGUUUCGCCAGAGCUAAAAUCUUUUGCUGUGGGAAUUGAAACUUUGUGUGGAAGACUCUUCGGGGGACUUCCAGCUCCUAUUUAUUUCGGAGCACUGAUUGACAGAACCUGCCUGAAGUGGGGCAUGAAACAGUGUGGCGAAACAGGGGCUUGCAGGGUGUAUGAUACUGAAGCGUUCAGAAACGUUUAUCUCGGACUCCUGGCUAGCCUGAAAGGGACCAGCUUCCUCCUCUAUGUUGUCCUUCUCAUUUUAAUCAUGAAGCGAGUCAAACCAGACAACGGCGUGGGAAUGGUUUCCCAAAGCACAGAAGCACUUUCCACAAAAGCACCAGCAAUGGGUCCAGGAGAGCCUGUUUCCAUGGAAGCAUCCAUACAUGAAGACACCUUCUUGUGAGGAAAGCUGCCGCCUG